AUGGCUUCGAAUACCACCAAUUGGUUGACCACUUCGUCAUGGCCGAUUCGCCGCAGAAGUACUGAUGAUCCUUUUCAUGAUAGCCAUGGAGAUCCAUUUGAUGACAGAUAUGCAACACCCCUACAAAACAUCGAAAGUGGUAGUACUAGACGUAUGUCCACCCAGACCCAGCAACGGGAUGAGUCUCGUCAAUCCAGCGUUUCCUCUAAAGAAUCACGUAUCCUCGAGGAUAUCCGAAAUGGGAACUAUGUACAAUAUCAACACUUAAACAUCGAGGAAUUUUACCCAGCUCAUGCUUACGAUCAUUCUAGUCAAAUUUGUUCUAUCUGUUUUGAAGCGGUACGCUUUACACCCGAUCACUACUUGUGGCAUUGCAAGGAUUGUUAUGUUAUUACUCAUUACAAAUGUGCACUGUCAUGGGCCAAUGCAAACCGAACUGAAAGGAGCAGUGCUUGGAAAUGUCCCCAAUGUAGGGGAGUUAAAAGCUCGAAACCUGAUGGAAAGUGCUGGUGUGGGAAUGGUAAUCCCAUAUAUGACCAUUCUACCAUUCCAAAUGCGUGCAUAUAUGGAAUCUGUGGUAACAAUUCAAGGUGCUUCCAUGGAAAUAAGUCGACUUGCCAAAAGUCAUGCCAUCCAGGUCCAUUCAAGGUGUUAAAUUUCUUUACAGAGGUCCUGAACGGUACUCCAGAACAGAUUGGAGUCAGAUAUAAACCUGUGCGAACAGUUGUGGGUGAGGCUCUCAUAACAUGUACUUUUUUGGGCAUCUACAUCUUGCCGAUAGUCGCAGUUGUCGGAGGCCCAGACAUUUACUGGUAUUACCAAAUGAAGGACUCUUGUGAAGGAUUUGAUACCCGUGUCAAAAUGGGUACUCAUUUUGCAGAAUCCAAAUACGAUUUGCACAGUCUCAAUGCCUCAAUCGAAGACCAAACGUUUUAUCUCGCACCUGUAAUUGCACCGGAAAUUGACAGCAAUGCAACUUAUCAAUACUUUCAUCGUUUCUCUGGUGAUACGGCUAACAUGGCCCAUUUUACUGUAGAUGUCGAUGUAGAUAAUGGCGUCUGGCGCUGGGGAACUUUUGAUGGACCCGAUGAACGCACAAAAUGGUGGGCUGCCAAUCGCAAAGACGACGAAAAAGUCCUACCAAUCUUUGAAAACAUCACUCUAACAGAAUAUUGGAAUGGUAUCAUCGAGGAGGGUAAUGGUCAUCUGUGGCUCCCCGAUUACGACAUAGUAAUUCAAGGGAUAGAACUUGCGCGCAAGCAUCGCCAAAUCGAACCAUUCAUUCGUGUAUUUGAUACGGUACACACUUCCGAAGCAUAUCUCGAAAAAUUGCUGGCAGAAGAGUGGAACUGGAGUCCUGAAUAUAAUCGAAAUAUUGUUAUGCGUACGGCGAGUUUCGGUCAUGGAAGACAAAGAUUGGAUAUGUGUAUAAAGGAGGACUUUUAUCUUACGGAAGAAGGCUUGGAGCAAGAAUUCGAUGGCGUGAGUAAUCCUUCUAUUGUGCCAUUGGCUAUCGUCGCGGCAUAUAGAAUGAGGAUGAGCGAGAAGUAUAUGUUGGACAGCGGCAUAAAGGAAAGACAUAAUGAAAAGCGCUCUCUGGAGGAUUAA